AUGGUGGACAAAGCAGAUGCCGCUGAGGCCAGGGGGGACGAGUGGGUUCCUGGCCAAUCCCUGGACCGGCUCUUGAAGUUACCACUUCCACCUCCACGCAUUUGCAUUCGGCCAUGGUGGUUUCCAGUGCAGGAACUGAGAAACCCCUUGGUGUUUUACCUGGAGGCUUGGCUGACAGACGUAAUCUUUGGUGCUGACCGAGCCAGAAUUCCAGAAAUAGAGUGGAUGAGCCAGGCCCUCCUUUUGGUGGACAUAGUUGACUCGGGAAAAUUAGCUGAAAUCACUGUCUUCGGACGGCCUCGUGUACAAAAUCGGGUGAAGAGCUUGCUUCUGAACAUGGCAUCGUGGCACCGGGAACAUCGUGCCCGAGCUGAGAAGAUGAAGCAACUUGAAGAGUUCUUGAAGGCUGCAGCAACAGGUGCCCAGACUCCCCAACAUCCUGUUCCAUGA